AUGCACAAACCUGUGCCGUUUACCAAGAUUCUCGACAAGACAACAAGUUCCUGUCGCAAACAUCAUUCGGCGGAUGAGUACGCCAUGACCGACCAACCCAGCCCAGCCUUGCAGGUGAUUGUCCUGGGCUCCGGAGGUGGACCGCAAGAAUCCAACGUCACCGCCUUUCUCGUGCGCUCCCUCGAGCAGGACUGGCGCAAGGGCUCCCUCGUCGCCGUCGACGCGGGCGUGCACCUGUCCGUCAUCACGCGCCUCAUUGCCGAGGCGACGCCGUGCCCGCCGCCGCCGCCGCCCUUUACGCUCGACUCCGGGCCCUUUGCCGGCCUGCGGCUGCCGCACAGCACCGCCGCCGCCAACGCCGCCCACGUCACCCGCGCCCUCGUCGACACGUACCUCGUCACCCACCCGCACCUCGACCACAUUGCCGGCUUCGUCAUCAACACGGCCGGCCUGCCCGGCACCCGCCCCAAGAAGCUCGCCGCCCUCCCGAGCACCAUCCACGCCCUCAAGACACACAUCUUCAACAACGUCAUCUGGCCCAACCUCAGCGACGAGAACAACGGCGCCGGCCUGCUCACCUACCUCCGCCUCGUCGAGGGCGGCAGCCCCGCCCUCGGCGACGGCGACGCCAAGGGCUAUCUCGAGGUCUGCGACGGCCUCCAGGUCAAGACCUGGAGCGUCAGCCACGGCCACUGCCUCGAGCGGCACAGCCACCGCGGGUCCACGGCCUCGAACCCCUCCACCCGGUACGGCAGCCACGACGCCUCGAGCCACCCCGGCCCGCCGCCGCGCCGGGACACCUACAACCCGCCGCCGCUCCAGCCCAUGUCCAGGACCCACUCGCUCGCCAACAACAACCAGGGCGCCGGCCUCCUCGGCGCCUCGUCGCCGCGCCAGAGCGGCGCCUGCGAGACGGAGCGCGUCUGCGUCUACGACUCGAGCGCGUACUUUAUCCAGGAGCAGACCACCCGCCGCGAGAUCCUCAUCUUUGGCGACGUCGAGCCCGACAGCAUCUCGCUGAGCCCGCGGAACCUGCACAUCUGGCAGGAGGCGGCCCCCAAGAUCGCCGCCGGCUUCCUCGCCGCCAUCUUCAUCGAGUGCAGCUACGACGACGCCCAGUCCAACGACCGCCUCUACGGCCACCUCAAGCCCGUCUUCGUCGUCGAGGAGCUGAGCGUGCUCGCCGCCGAGGUCCAGCUGGCCCGCACCCUGCGCGCCCUCGAGUCCAGAAAGCGCAAGCGCGGGAGCCUCUCGGAGCACGGCCGCGAGCGCAGGCAGCAUUCCACCCCGCGCAAGUCGGCGCUCUUGGUCGCCGAGGAUCCCGUGUCGCCCAAGUCGCUGCGCCCGCGCGUGCAGACGACCGAGGUGGUGAUGCGCACCGGCGAUGGUAUUGGCACGCCGCACCUGGCCACCCCGACCGAGGAGCUGUCGCUGCAUGACGCCGAUAUUGGUCCGAUGACGCUGCCGCCGGCCGCGACGUCGGCCCCGCGUCCCCUGCAAGGGCUCAAGGUUGUCAUUAUUCAUGUCAAGGAGACGUUGGCCGACGGGCCGGAGAGGGGGGAUGUUAUUCUGGAACAGCUGCAAGAACACGAGGAGGAGGCGCAGCUCGGAUGCGAAUUCAUCAUUUCCAAGUCGGGGCAGUCUUUUUACCUGUAG